AUGGGCAAGAGAAAGUCCAAGGCAAAGCCUGCAGCUAAGAAGCGAAUGGACAAGCUUGAUACUGUUUUCUGUUGCCCCUUUUGCAACCAUGGGAGCAGCGUUGAAUGCCGAAUUGACAUGAAGAACUUGAUUGGAGAGGCUGUCUGUAGCAUUUGCCAAGAGAAUUUCAGCACAACCAUCACAGCUUUGACUGAACCGAUUGAUGUAUACAGUGAAUGGAUAGACGAAUGUGAGCGGGUCAACACUGUUGAUGAUGAUGGUGCUUAG